CCCCCCCCCUCCUUAAAUACGAUGUGCUCACCUGGUGAGGCACCUGUAUUUGGCUAAGAGGGGAAAAAAGUAGGUGCCUUGACUAAAUUGUAUUUCUGGUCUAUCUAGACCGUACCUACAAAGUAAAAGGUUUUCGCAUUACAAGUGAAAAUGGGGUGCUUUACCGUCAUCAAAGUUUUGAUGAUCCUAUUCAACCUCUUCAUCUUUCUUGCUGGAGGAGCUCUUCUUGGUGUUGGAAUAUGGGUCAGUGUGGAUGGAAGCUCUUUCAUACGAGUCAUUGGACCAGUGUCAUCUCAAGCAAUGCAAUUUGUCAAUGUUGGUUACUUUUGCAUAGCAAUUGGUGCUGUGUUAGUCCUCCUUGGAUUUUUGGGAUGCUGUGGAGCACAGAAAGAAAGCAAGUGUCUACUAAUAUUGUUCUUUGCCAUUGUUCUGAUCAUCUUUAUUGCUGAGAUUGCUGCUGCAGUUGUUGCUUUGGUGUAUUCUUCCUUUGCAGAAAGUCUUCUACGUGCAUGGGUUACUCCAGUACUGCAAAAUGACUAUGGAAGAAGAAACGAUGUGACUGGUAUCUGGAAUACUACAAUGAGUGAAUUGAAAUGCUGUGGCUUCAGCAACUACACAGAUUUUGUGGGUUCCUAUUACUUCAGAAACCACAACAAUACCUUUCCAGCAUUCUGUUGCAAUUCAACAGCCCUGUGUACUGAGACUGCAGCUGCUAAAAGUGAUGUACAGGGAUGUUUUCGUCAACUUUUUGACAUCUUGAAGGAGAAUGCUAACAUUGUAGGAGGGAUUGCAGCAGGAAUCUGUGCAUUAGAGAUUGCAGCAAUGGUGGUGUCCAUGUACCUGUACUGCAAGAUUGAUGGCAAAGAAUGAAACAUGAAAGCUAACUUGGCAAGAAAUCCUUAACCUUUUCUGAUCUGAGAAUAACAGAACUUCUGACAUGAAAAUCAGUGCCAAAUAGGACAUGUUUGAUACUUGAAGUUGAAUACUUCUAGCAAUGUUUCUGCAUCUUUAACAAGUCAAUCUACACUUAAAUUGCUAGUGCAUUUUAAUAUUUAAGGCCAGCAACUUGAGUCACUUACUGAUGAUACUAAAUGCAAAAGUGUCAUUGAUCUCAAGGCUUGUCUUUUUCCUCCAUCCCUACAUUUUUGGGAAAUGUAGAGAAGUGACACCAUUCUAGGAAUUAACUGUUGUAUCAUACUUUCUCCUCUUUACAGUCUGAACAAAAGCUACCAUGUCUAAAUUUAAUGUGAAUGCAGUCCAGUGCAGCAAUAUCAACAGUCAAGUGAUCCAGAUGUCUUGCUUGAUCUCUACAGCAAAAUAGCACUGACCACAUAACUGGAGCAUUGGCUAAUUUGUGCCCUGACCAUAAGAGUAGAAUGCAAUAUUCUUGUUUUUUUUUAAAAAAGUCACUUUGUUACUGAAAGCAAUUGGAGGAAAGAUGAAUUGAUUCUUAAUUCUCUACUAUUGAACUGGAUAAAUUACUUGCUAUGUACAACAUGAAGCCUAGAUUCUUACGUGUGUGUAUAUAUGCCAUAAGAUAUCAAGCUGCUUAGCUUGGAUUAUGAAAGCUCUAUUUCAAAAUAGCUUGCAUUUGUAUAGCUUUUAUGUAUGUUUUUGUCACUUUUUAAACUUGUGAAGCAAAUAAAGUCUAACAUUGAAAAGGG